CUUUUACAGCUGCUGUUGGUGGCGUCUUUCUCUGUGGCUGAGGAGCUGCUGUGCCGACAGAGAGGAGAUCCCGAGAACCCUCAGCUGUUGAAGGAUGGCGACAUCAUGCUGGGGGGACUCUUCUCUUUCCACAGCAGCUGGAAGAACAGGCUGGAAGACUUCACACACAAGCCGUCACCACUGGAAUGUACCAGUUUGAAUUUCAGGGGCUUCCAGUUUGCUCAGGCGAUGCGCUUCGCCAUCGAGGAGAUUAAUAACUCCACAGACUUACUGCCUGCCAUCUCGCUGGGCUACAAGUUUUUUGACACCUGUAGCUCCGUUGCAAGAGGUGUGAGAGCUGCACUGGCACUGGCAAACGGUGAUGAAGUCACAUCUGCUCCCUCCAAAACACCGUGCGCGAGACCUGCACAGGUGCUCGCCAUCAUGGGAGAAACCUCCUCUUCACUCAGUAUGCCCAUAGCUACUGUCAUCGGGCCAUUUCAUAUACCAAUGAUCAGCCACUUUGCCACCUGUGCUUGUCUCAGUGACAAAACCAAGUACCCGUCCUUCCUCAGAACGAUACCCAGCGACUACUACCAGAGCAGGGCUUUGGCCCAGCUGGUCAAGCACUUUGGUUGGACUUGGGUGGGAGCGAUCAGAACCAACGACGAUUAUGGUAAUAACGGAAUGGCUAUAUUCUCAGAGACGGCGCAGCAGCUGGGCAUCUGUCUGGAGUACUCUGUGUCUGUGUUUAGAACGGACCCACCAGACAAAAUACAAAAGGUAAUUGACAUCAUUAAAGCGUCCACCUCUCAGGUCAUUGUCGCUUUCCUCCACCACCUGGACAUGGAUGUGCUCAUACAUGAGUUGACCCACCAUAACUUGACUGGGUAUCAGUGGGUCGGCAGCGAGAGCUGGAUCUUUGACUCACAAAUUGCAAAACUAGACAGAAAUCACAUUCUGGAUGGGGCCAUAGGCCUGUCCAUCCCAAGAGCACACGUCAGUGGCAUGAGAGAGUUCAUGCUGGACGUGAAGCCGCUCAACUCAUCGAGCACGGACAUUUUCACCGAGUUCUGGGAGACGUUGUUCGGCUGCAAGUUCAAGCAGUCGUCUUUGUCGGGGAGUCAUAGAGAAUGUUCCGGACAUGAAGUUCUGACCGGAGCCGUGAACAGCUUCACUGACAUGUCACUCAUGCCUAUAUUUAACAACGUCUACAAAGGCGUGUACGCUGUGGCUCAUGCUCUUCACCGCGUCCUCGGCUGCAACCAAACAUGUGAUGACAAGCUGCAGCCGGAUCCCUUCACCAUUUUACAGCACAUUAAAAAGACUCACUUCAACACAAAGGACGGAGACGAGGUUUACUUUAACGAGGACGGAGACCCGGCGGCAAAGUAUGAAAUUAUCAACUGGCAGCCGACACGGCACCGUACCGUCGACUUUGUCACUGCUGGUCUGUACGACGCGUCUUUGCCCGCAGACAAACAACUCAAUCUGCAGAGUACAUCUCUGGUUUUUGCGCAGAACUCGACACUGGUGCCUGUGUCAGUCUGCAGCGAGUCGUGUCCCCCAGGAACUCGCAAGGUUCUCCUCAAAGGAAAACCUGUGUGCUGCUUUGACUGUAUAAGAUGUGCAGAGGGAGAAAUAAGCAACAGCACAGAUUCCGUCAGCUGUGUGCGCUGUCAUCCUGACUUCUGGUCAAACGAGAGACGGGACACGUGUGUGAAGAAGGACAUAGAGUUCCUGUCGUACGAGGAAAUAAUGGGCGCACUUCUCACCACCGCGUCCCUCUCUGGGACGUGUGCGACCGUGCUCGUGUUGCUCGUUUUCUUCCGACACAGAAAGUCUCCCAUCGUCAGGGCCAACAACUCUGAGCUGAGCUUCCUGCUGCUCUUCUCACUGACUCUGUGCUUCCUGUGCUCCCUCAGCUUCAUUGGCCGGCCGUCAAAGUGGUCGUGCAUGCUGCGACACACGGCGUUCGGCAUCACGUUUGUCCUGUGCAUCUCAUGUAUCCUGGGCAAGACCAUGGUGGUCUUGAUGGCCUUCAGGGCCACACUCCCGGGGAGCGACGUGAUGAAAUGGUUCGGGCCCGCGCAGCAGAGACUCAGUGUUCUGGCCUUCACUCUUGUACAAGUUGUCAUAUGUGUCAUCUGGUUAACACGUUCUCCGCCUUUUCCGUUCAAGAACAUUCAAGAAUUGAAGGGUAAGAUCAUCCUGGAGUGUGCUCUGGGCUCAGCUGUAGGUUUCUGGGCUGUACUUGGAUAUAUAGGAGUUCUGGCCGUGCUGUGUUUCGUUCUUGCCUUUCUGGCACGGAAACUGCCCGAUAACUUUAACGAAGCUAAGUUCAUCACAUUCAGCAUGUUGAUAUUCUGUGCCGUGUGGAUCACCUUCAUCCCGGCCUACGUCAGCUCUCCAGGAAAGUUGAGCGUCGCAGUAGAAAUAUUUGCGAUUCUAGCUUCAACUUUUGGACUUUUGUGUUGCAUUUUCAUCCCCAAAUGUUACAUCAUCUUAAUGAAACCAGAGAAGAACACCAGGAAGAAUAUGAUGGGGAAGACAACACCAAACUCAUUCUGA